CGGGGUACACAGCGCGGCGGCGCGCGCGGCGGCCGUUGCCGCCUGUAACGGCCCGGGGGCGAGCUGAGCGCUGGGUGUCCCCGGAUUUACCAGAGGAUUGCAGGACAGAUCAUGAACCGUGAUAUAAUUCCCCAAAGCUUUAUGCCCCUACCUGGCUGUGGACACAAUAAAUUAUGGCUUCACAAGGAGAAAAACAAGCUCUGCCCUUUACAGACAUCUUCGAUGAAGAUGAAGCUGAAAAAUCCUUUCUGUUGUCCAAGCCCACUUGCUUUAUUGUCCUUGGAAAGCCCGGUUCUGGAAAGAAAACAUUAGCUAGAAAACUAGCACAAAUAUGGAAAUGCAUUUAUAUAGAAGCUUCGGAAGUAAUUGAAAUGAAUAUUCGUGAAGAAACAGAAUAUGGGCUUAAGUGUCAAGAAUUACUUUUUAAAGGUCAAAGUAUUUCCGAAGAACUGGUUACAGAAAUGAUUCUGAAAAAGAUUGAGUCACCAGAAGCUGCUCAUUUUGGUUACAUUCUCAGUGGAUUACCUUCUCUCUCAGAGGAAUAUAUGACCGUUUCACAGCAAAUAGAGAAAAUAAAAAAUCUAAAAUUAAAACCAGAUUUCUUGAUUAACAUUAAGUGUUCAGACUAUGACUUAUGCCAGAGAAUAUCGGGACAAAGGCAACACCCUGAUUCAGGGCAGGUAUAUCAGAGGAACCAAUGGGAUCCUAAAGUUAUUGAAAAGCAAAAGAAAAAUAGUGAACAGCAUGGAGAGGAGGAUGAAGAAGAAAUUGAAGAGCAGGAAGAAGAAGAGAUUGCAGAAGAUUCACUUAAGAUGUCAGAAAUUUUGCAUCAAUUAGUGCAAAGGCCUGAAGAUUUUCUUGAAAACGCAGAGGAAAGAGUUGGCAUGUAUAAGGAUAUAAUGCUUCGUUCUUUAGAAGACUUGAUGGCUGAACAGGAUUCUCAAUAUCUCAUUGAACUGGAUGGAAAUCAGCAGCCAGAUGAACUCUUUGCAUCAGUUGUGGUUCGACUUCAAUCUAUGGGUGUUCUAAAUGGAGCUCCUAUAACUAGACUUCAAAGUCAGCAAGAAGAAGUGCUGGAAGGACUGGAAAAUGAUGAACUUUUCCGUGCUCUGUCAUCAUUCAAACAAGUAGCACCCAGAUACCGAUGGCGUAGAAGCAGAUGGGGACAAGCAUGUCCUGUGGCUUUGAAGGAGGGUGAUAUUGUAAUGGGAGACCCAGAAUUGGCUGUCAGUUUUCUAGGUAAAAUGUAUGUACUGUCAACCCCAGAGGCACUGAAAAAAUUCAUGUUGAAUCCACGGCCUUACCUAUUACCACCAAUGCCAAUUCCUCCUUGUAAAGUACUAGUAUUUGGCCCUCCAUUUUCCGGAAGAACAACUAUUUGUAACCUAAUUGCAAACAAAUAUAAAGGAAAGGUUCUUGAUAUGACGGAACUCAUUCAGCUCCACAUAGAAGAAUCAAGAGAACAAAACAUCGAGCAAGUGCGAAGGGAUACAGUAGAAAAGGCUAUAAAAGCAGUGAAAGAUAGGUUGGAAUCAGAAAAACAGUUGAAAGAGCCAGGAGACUUGAAGGAACUUAGUAGUAUCGAGGAAGCAGAUGAUUCUGAAGAAACCACUGAAAUGGGAGAAGAAAUAAACUUGGAAGAAGAGGGUAGUGAGGUAAAAUCUGACAUCAUCCAAGAAGAAAUGUCAGAGAUAACUGCUGACCACCCAGAAGUUCAAGCGAUGGUAGAAGAAGCUGUAAAAAGUGCAUCAGAAUCUGAAGUUAUAUUGUCACCUGAAAUAUAUGCUGAAACACUGGAGAGAGCUAUUGCAGAGCUCACGAAGCAGAACAAAGACAGGUAUCCUGGUGCUCCAGAAAAAGGAGGAUGGGUAGUGGAUAAUUACCCUUUGUCAGAAGAUCACUGGUCAGCUUUAUCAGAAAAAGGACUUUUACCUGACACUGUUGUCUGUCUGCAGGAUACAGAAAAAGAUGGCAGCUGUAUACUACGCAGAACAUACUUAGCAAAUAAAGAUGAAAUUAAUUCAAAGAUAUUGAGAAGACUAGAAGAUGAAGCAUUAGAAAAGAAAGAAGCAGCAGCAGCAGCAAGAAGAGAAAUGCAAGAGGUACUGACACUAGAAGAAGAACAGCAGUCUCAAGAAGCUGCUGAGGAGAAAGGUGAAAAAUCUGAGGACGAUGAUGAGCGGCUUCCACCUGAAACUGAACAAGUGUCUCAGGAACAGUCCGGUGAUUCUGCUGGUCAUAAAGAAGAAUCCAAUCAUACAGAACAUAAUCCACUUGAAGAAGAACAGACACCUAGCAUGCAACCUGAGCAAUCCACUACGUCUUUAGUAACUGAACCUGAACCAGAAAUUGUGCUACCUGCAUUUGAAGAGGAUGAUUUUCUAGAUAUACCAGAAAUGGAAAUAAUUAAAACGAAGAUUAACCUUUUCAUGAAUGACUGGCAAACAGUGGAGUCAGAAAUUAAGCAGUCAUCUCAAGUUCAGGUUGUUGUUUUAGAGAUUGCUGAGCAAACUCCAGAAAGUCUGCUUAAUCAAGUUGUUCUGGUUAUGGAGGAACCUUUUAAAUAUCAUGGUUGGGAGUUAUCUGCUGAAGACUUAGAUGAGGAAGCAGAAGACCUGGUUGCUGAAGUGGAAGCUGAAGAAGAAAAUGAAGUUGCAGAAGAAGAAAAUGAAGAUGAAGAAGAUGAAGAAAAAGCUAAGGAAAAGAAAAGGCACAUGGGAGAUACAAAACACUUUUGUCCAGUCAGUCUGAAAGAGAAUUAUGUCCUUUAUCCAGGACUCUCUGAACUUGCAGCUAAAUAUCAAGAAAAGAUUUAUUAUUUUUCAAAUCCUGAAUACAGAGAGAAAUUUUUGAAGAACCCUGAAGAGUAUGUGGCUCACAAUGAACCAAUACAAGCUCCUCCCUUAAGGGUGUGCUUACUGGGGACUCAUGGAGCAGGUAAAACCACUUGUGCACGAUGGCUAGCAGACAAAUUUGGUAUUUUCCAUAUUCAGUUUGAAGAAUAUCUACAGGAACUGCUCUUACCCAAAAUUAAAGAGAAAAUUGGGCCUGAUUUUGAUGAAGAACCUGAAGAAGAUGACGAUAAAAUGCUAAUUCUAUCACAGGGACAGGAAGAUUUCUCUCAGACCAUGACUGAAACUGAAAAUGAAGAAAACAAACAGGAAGUGGAGUUAACUGAUGAGGAAGAAGCAAUAAAAGCAAAUCUAAUGGAUUCAGAGGCAUUGCCUCCAGAAGUACUUGAUAACAUCGUCCCUGACUGGUGGAAGAAAGAGCCAUUCCGGUCCACAGGCUUUAUACUAGAUGGUUUCCCUCGUACUUUAGAUGAAGCCCAGUAUUUGUCAGAACGAGGACUCUGUCCUGAUGUUGCAGUUUAUAUUAAUGUAGAAGAAAAUGACAUUAUCGACCGUCUUUUUCCUCCACGUCUGCAAAAAUGGAAAGAAAGACAUAACAAAAAAAUGGAAAAUAAAAAGAAACUGAAAGAACUGAAAGCAAAAAUAAGGGAUGAGAGGAUUGCUAAAAGAAGGGCAGAACUUUUAGCAGAACAAAAAGAAAGGAAACAGAAGGUUUUAGCAAGCAGGGAACAUGACGAAGCCAGUGAGGAGGAAGAUGAGAGUGAAAAUGAAGACAUAGAAGCUAUACUUGAAGAGGAGUUUUUAGAAGAAGAAGAAGAAGAGGCUGAAGAAGAACAGGAGACUGAUGCUGUUGAGCGCAUGCAAAAUGAGAUUGCAGAGAGGUUUGAUUCAGAAAGAGACAAUUUACAAGGUGUACAGGAGGAACUUGAAAAUUUGCUAAUACCACUAAUUGAGAUCAAUGGAGGACGAAAGCCUCACAUCGUACGCUACCAAAUAUAUUGCAAGCUGAAUUCUCUAGUGGAAAACCGUGCAAGCAUUUUUGAGAAAUGUUACCCGAUAAGUUUGCCACUUGCACAUAAGAUGUUGAUUUUCUUAUAUAAGUUUCCAAGUUCUUUUGGUCAGUGGGAUCCAAUCAAGCUAAGUGAAGGAGAGGUAAUCAAGCCAGCACAAAGCCCUGAAAACACACUCUUUCCUGUAAUCCAUCGACAAUAUAUUUAUUUCUUUUCAAGUAAAGCAAAUAAAGAAACAUUUAUGAAAAAUCCCAUCAAAUAUAUUUGUCAGCCAAAACCUAAACCACCUGUGCCAGUUAAGAUUGCAAUUGUGGGACCUCCAAAAUCUGGGAAGACUACAGUUGCCAGGAAAUUUGCAAGUGUAUAUGGGCUGAUGCGGCUGAGUAUAGGAGAUGCCAUACGGCUAGUGAUAAACAAUCAGCCCGAGAGCGCAUUGGGACUUCAGUUAAAGUGGCACCUUCACAAAGGACUGACUGUACCUGACGAACUGGCCAUCCAGGCCCUGGAUGUGGCUCUGAUGGAUCGUGUAUGUAUGAGCACUGGAGUUGUUAUUGAUGGGUACCCUGUAACAAGAAAACAAGUAAAGCUCCUGGAAUCAGCUAGGAUAAUUCCAGUGAAAAUCUUUGAAUUAGAAAUGGAUGCAAAGGAAGUGUUCAGAAGAGCUCUGUCGGACAAAGAAAGCACGAAUAGACCUUCCUACCCUGUACACGACAGCUCACAGAUUCUAGCAAUUAAAAAUUCCUGCUAUAAACAGCACAUUGAUGCAAUCAGGACCUACUAUAAGAAGGAGCACCAGAACUGGUGCAUGGUUGAUGCCACUCAGAGCAAGUGGUGGAUAUGGAACAAAGUACUGCAGGAAGUUCAAGUGGUUGUUAAAGAAAUACAGAUAUACCUGGAAAGAAUAAAAGAAGGCAAAGCAGCCAGCAUUGCUGAUUUAUGUAUCACCCCUGAAGAGCUGCAGGGUCGGCUGGGGGAGUUUGGGCAGUACUGUCCCGUCAGCCUUGCAGAGAAGGGUGAACUGGUUGACUGCUCUAGCACAGCAUCACUGCAGUUUGCUGCAGAGUUUCGAGGACACUAUUACAAAAUGGCUUCACAGGAAGAACUGGAGAAAUUCUUGAGCAGACCAGAAGUGUAUGUGCCACCACUGGCACCUUACCCUCUUCCACCCCCAGACAUGCUACCAAAAAGACUAACAGCAGCAGAAGUGAAGGCCUUAUUCCCCAAAAGUGCUGAAAUACAGGGAUACUGUCCAGUCACUUACCUGGAUGGAAAACAGAGAUAUGAAGCUUUGGUGCCUGGCAACAUUGAGUACUCUGUAAUGUACCAAGAUAAAGUAUACGUUUUUGAGACUGAGGAAAAACUUCUGAAGUUUAUGAGGCUACCAGAGAAGUACUGGAAUUUGAAGCUUCCACGUAAGCUCCCUCCCAAAAAGGAGCCAAUACUACUCACUGCACUUCCCAUGGCUGGAUACCUUGAACAGGGAGUAGCAACUUCUCUAAUAAAAGCUCUGAAUGAAGUUGGAUGCUUAAAGCCGAAGCUUCCAUUCCUAAGCGUAAAAAGAACUGCUCUGCUGUUUGUGGCCUGCCAUUUAAAAGCGCACAACCCUCGCGGCUCGGCGCAGGGCCGCCGGGCGUACCGGCAGAAGCUGGCGGAGCUGCGGGAGCACUGCGAGCUCGUCCCCUACCUGGGCCGGGAGAUGCCGAGCGACUACACCGAGCCCCACCGCCGGCCCCCGGGCUUCGACCUCAAGCUGCGGACCUUCUUCUCCCUCAAGGACGCCCGCCCCGCCUUCCCCUAGCCCGGAGCCGGCGGGGGAGGAGGGAGGG